UUGUGGGGAUCAAAAAAUUGUGAGGUUUAAGUAUUUUCUUUUCUGAUAGUGUAAUGAGAUGAAAAGUGUAAUGAGGUAAAACAGUGGUGGUGUAAAAUAGAAUCACCCUUUCAACAAACAAAGCUCCGCGAAAACAAACACUUGACGAGUCCCGGAUCUCUGUGAGUGGGAAAAAUCUGGAGAGCUCGUAAACCCAACGAACCAACGAUGUCGACGCUACAAUUGAUCUUCCUCACUGCAAUCCCAUUUCUCGCCACACUCUGCAGCUCCUUCUCUCCCGAACGCCCCACCGAUCGUCGAAUUCUCGUCUUGCUCGAUGACCUCGCUAUCAGAUCUUCGCACUCCAUCUUCCUCAAUUCUCUCCAAUCUCGCGGCUUCGACCUUGAUUUCAAACUCGCCGACGAUCCCAAGAUCUCCUUACACAGAUACGGCCAGUACUUGUACGACGGCUUGAUCCUCUUCUCUCCAACGGUCGAGCGUUUCGGGGGAUCCAUUGAUUUGGCAGCUAUUAUCGAUUUCGUCGAUGCUGGUCAUGAUUUGAUUAUGGGGGCAGAUUCUUCUGCCUCUAAUCUAAUUCGAGAGAUUGCCACCGAGUGCGGAGUUGAUUUUGAUGAGGAUCCGGGAGCUAUGGUUAUUGAUCACAUCGGCUAUGCAGUUUCAGACACAGAUGGUGAUCAUACAUUGAUUGCUAGUGAUGAAUUCAUUCAGUCUGAAGUGCUUUUGGGAAGCAAGAAAAUCGAGGCUCCAGUUCUCUUUCGGGGAAUUGGUCAUUCAUUACAUACUGCUAAUAACUUGGUGUUGAAUGUUCUCUCAGUGUCUCCUUCAGCGUAUUCUGCAAAUCCGAAGGGCAAGUUGGCAAAUCCUCCCUCACUCAUUGGAUCUGCAAUCUCUUUAGUUUCAAUUGUGCAGGCAAGAAACAAUGCUCGAAUUCUGAUUUCUGGUUCACUAAGCAUGUUUAGCAAUCGAUUCUUCAGAUCUGGGGUGCAGAAGGCAGGAAGCCCAAUUAAACAUUUGAAAUCUGGUAAUGAGCAGCUUUUGACUGAACUUAGCAAAUGGAUUUUCCAUGAAAGAGGUCACCUUAAGGCUAUGAAUGUUAGACACCACAAAGUUGGGGAGGCUGAUGAACCAGCCAUGUACCGGAUCAACGAUGACCUGGAAUAUUCUGUUGAGAUUUAUGAGUGGUCUGGCGCUAGUUGGGAACCAUACAAUGCCAAUGAUGUUCAAGUACAGUUUUACAUGAUGAGCCCCUAUGUUUUGAAAACCUUAUCAGCUGAUCAUAAGGGCCUCUAUUUUACGUCUUUCAAGGUUCCAGAUGCUUAUGGAGUCUUCCAGUUUAAGGUUGAGUACCAGAGGCUUGGAUACACUAGGUUGUCCCUAUCAAAGCAGAUUCCUGUUAGACCCUUCAGGCACAAUGAAUAUGAAAGGUUCAUACCAACAGCUUUUCCCUAUUAUGGAGCAUCAUUCUCUAUGGGAUUUUUUGGGUAAUCCGCUCCCAUGCUGCAAACAGUCAAAUCUGAACUUUGUUGCUCUUCUUUCUUUCCUCGGGAGCUGGAAGCACACAAGCAAUGUGUGUUGCGUGAUUCUAUUGUGUUCUUUGCACUUGACUAGAAAUCUCCAACAUCGUUAGUGUUGUUAAGUGCUUUUCCAUGAAAAGUACUGGAAUUAAGCAAAUUCUUUAUGCGCCCCUUUCUUUGUUAUCUUAUUUGCCGUGACCUACCAACCUAGCCUUACGCACCAUUUGUUUGGAUUGAGAACAUUUUUCUUCAUGUUUUACUAGUUGAUACAAUGGAAAAAGGAAGUAAACAAAAAAACAAGACUAUAUGUUAGGAAAAUAUUUUAUAUUUUUAAAAGGUGAAAAACAUUUUCUAGGUCUUACCAAAGCCUCCACACCACCACCACACCACCACCACCUCCACACCAACUUAGUUUCGAGAAUGCAAAAACAUGGGAAAACAUUUUUGAAUUUUUUUUCAUAGAAAAUGUUCUUUACUAUUAAUUAGUAGCACAUUUAUGUUUUGUUGUCUUCUUGGGGUUACAUACUCCACUACGUACUUGCCUCACUAGUUUGACGAGAGUUUGUU